UGCAGAUCGCGUGCGUAUUAAUUGGUUGAUCGUGGUGUGAUUCGCGCGCGCUGAUCUGACUCUUCUGGAUUACAGUUAUCGCGGACGAAUAAUACCCUCUAUCAACGACGCGCCACGGAAGGAUCAUUCACGGGGAUUUAACCUACUGUGCUAGGCCCACUUGAACUUGAGCUAUGCUCUCUCAAUCCCUGUCGCUCCUCGCCGUGUUACUUGGCUUGCGUGCGUUAUAUCAAAUACCCUGGAUAAAAUUUUACGCGAAGUAUGCUAUAUUCUGCGGUGUUAUUAGUCUGGGCUCACUCUACUAUCUUGUCGAGUUCAGUAUUCGUGGCCGCGAAUUUAAAAAUGCUUGGAGAUUCAAAAGAGUGUUUAAGUUUGCAGGUUACCUAAUUGGUCUAAAGCCAGUGGUAAAGGAUGCGCAUUAUCUCACAUUUGACAAGCCGUGCAUUUACGUUGCCAACCACCAGAGUUGCAUCGAUGUAGCGAGUAUUGCUGAUGUGUGGCCCGAGAAUUGCACCAUUGUUGCUAAGAGUUCCCUGAAAUUUGCUGGUCCUGUUGGCAUCAUAACAUGGCUAUCGAAACUCAUUUACAUUGAUCGGUCCAAACAUAAGGAUGCUGUUUCUAUGAUGAAGCAUGCCGCAAAUGAAGCACUCAAACACAAAGUAUCUGUUUACGUUUUCCCCGAAGGGACGCGUACUUGCACCGGCACUCUGCUACCGUUCAAAAAGGGUGCAUUCCAUCUGGCCAUCGAGUGUCAAUUCCCCAUUCAACCAAUCGUAAUCUCCUCUUACACCAGCUUCCUUAACUUUAAGGAAAAGCGUUUCGAUGAUGCGUUUCCACGGUGUUAGAAGCAUGCUACCAAUCUGCGUGUGGGAGGUUUAAAUCCCCAGUGAUCACAAAGUUCGAUGCAGCAACUGCUGCCCGUUUGAGCAGAUUAAGAAGCUCCACAUCCUCUACUCGCGUAGAGGAAGGGCUACGGUACACACAGAUUAUCAUCUCUAACUGGCCUCCCACCCACAGCAAGCAAGAAACAACUUGGAUAUCUAUUAUUUUCAUAAAGAACGGAGCUUCCCAAUUUCCCCAUUGGCUGUUAAUAAGGAGACGUACACCACCACCUACCUGAUGUCCAGGUCUAUCCACUCUGUAUUAUGAAUAUCCCGACACAUCCUACUACGUACAAGUGCUCCCUCAAAUAAGCACGCAAGGACUUAAUGAGUCUAAUGUCGACGCUUUACUGACGGAAACUCGCGAGAAGAUGCUCGAAUGUCUGGAAAAUUUGAAGAAAAUUCCUCCCCCUCGGUGAUGAUUGCACUCUCUAUUCACUUAUCGUCCCCGUUAUCCAAGCUGCAGAAUCCUCAGAUACUGCACAAUCAUACUACCUUCUCCGUUUUGCCGAGAUUGUAUUUCAUUUUUUGUCAUUUUGUCAAUGACUUGAUUUGGAUUAGAAUACUUAUUAAA